AUGGAACAAGAACGCUCUUCCGGCUUUCGGUUUCGUCGCCCAAACAGCAAGCUCCACAAGGAUCCGCCGCAGUUCUCGCGCGCAUUGAAGAGCCAGCAGAGCAAUCCGUCGCUCAAAAGACACCCUUCCGCUCCCGUCUAUCCUCGAGGCCACGCUGGCGGUCGAGAGCACACGCGCACUCGCUCUAACGCUUACGGCUCAUCCUCCUCGUCCGUCGACCAGCAGAGCGCCAGCGCAGGCCACUCGCCCGUCCUCGCCAGCGGUGAAUUCGCCAACAGCCCCUCUUCCCACCAGAGCUUCAAGAGUCGCAUCGGCCGUUUCUCUUUCACCAACGGGAAAAGCGCUGAUGAAUUAAUUAGUCCGCCCUUCGAUACGCGGGGCAUGCCCAAUGUCCAGGAAGAGGCCGAUUCGUCUGAGCUAGAUCACCAGGAAACAUCGUCCGAGACGUCUCAGCGACCCCCAAGAUUGCAGUCUUACCACACCAGUCCCGCCGGCGGCCUGCAGACCUUGAGACAGUCGGCCAGUUACUCGGCCUUGCAACCACGGAUGGACACGGCACUUCCCCCAAUUCAGGAUGCAUCGGCGGCGAAGCGAAACUCGGACGAUGGAAAUGGGUCCAAGUCGCGCAGGAAAGGGACCUUUUCGAACUUUGUCAACAGCGUCUUGGGCUCUCCUCGCAAUAUCAAGAUCUCUGCGCCCGAGAAUCCCGUUCACGUCACGCAUGUUGGUUAUGACAACCAGACAGGCCAGUUCACGGGACUACCCAAGGACUGGCAACGAAUGCUCCAAGCAAGUGGAAUUUCCAAGAAGGAACAAGAGCAACACCCGCAGACCAUGGUUGAUAUCAUGAGGUUUUAUGAGAAGAAUGCUGCCGGAGCAAGUGAUGAUGAAGUUUGGCACAAGUUCGAUCAUGCCCAUCCGCGGCAGGCGGAGUAUCCCGAUAAUGUUAGUUCAGCACAUAGCCCCAUAAGCGGAGAAGCGUCAGCGCUGAUGGGACUCCAUUUCCCCCAGAAUCAUGAGGGAAGCUUCGAAAAUCCACGUCCACCACCGCCGGUGCCGCCUUCUGGCGCGCCUACAAUGAUCUUUCCAAGUCGCGCAGCGCCAAAGCCACCAACAGCGGGCAGUGGAAUCGUGCCCUCUCGCCCACCUCCUCAGCCUCCUUUGGCUAUCAAAACAACGCCUACUGCGCUAACCCAAGAACAUUCACUAACACCAUCCAUACCCGAGGAUGAACAAGCUCCCAUGGACACACCGACCUCGCAGCGUGCCGGUUAUGGUGUGAUCAAUUCUCCCACACAGUAUCAACAGCAACAGGAAAGAGCCAUGGCCGCUGCACAGCAAGCAAUUACAGACAAGCAACUCGACCGAAGCCGCAGCCAACGCCAGCAGCUGCAACAACAGCAGCAGCAACAACAACAGCAACUACAACAACAGCAAUUGCAACAGCAACAGCAACUGCAGCAACAACAACAACUGCAACUGCAACAACAGCAACAGCAGCAACAGCAACAGCAACAGUAUCAGCCACCACGGCCAGAGCAACAGGUCUCCCCCGUUGCCGCAACACCAACGCCCACGACACUACAACAUCAAUUUUCCAAUGUGCAAGCUGCGGUUCCCCAGCCGCCUCAGCACCAGCAUCCCGCACCCACACCUCGGCCUCGACCUCGUGCUCGACAAAGUACUGCUUUCGACGUGCGCGCAAAACUGCAGGCUAUUUGCACGCCAGGAGAUCCUACGAGGCGAUAUUACAACCUCAACAAGAUUGGACAAGGUGCAUCUGGUGGGGUCUUUACCGCAUACGAAAACAACACCAACAAGUGUGUUGCUAUCAAACAGAUGAAUCUCGAUUUGCAGCCGAAGAAGGAUCUCAUUAUCAACGAAAUCCUUGUUAUGAAGGACAGCAAACAUAAAAACAUUGUUAAUUUUCUAGACAGUUAUUUACAUGGUCUAGAUUUGUGGGUAGUGAUGGAGUACAUGGAAGGUGGUAGUUUGACCGAUGUUGUCACAUUUAACAUGAUGACUGAAGGUCAAAUUGCUGCCGUGUGCCGUGAGACUCUCAGCGGCUUGCAGCAUCUGCAUUCAAAGGGCGUUAUUCAUAGAGAUAUCAAGUCUGACAAUAUUCUUCUUUCAAUGGAAGGAGAAAUCAAGCUGACCGACUUUGGUUUCUGCGCUCAAAUCAAUGACUCCCAAACCAAGCGCAAUACGAUGGUCGGAACCCCGUAUUGGAUGGCCCCUGAGGUUGUUACUCGGAAAGAAUACGGCCGCAAGGUGGAUAUCUGGAGUUUGGGCAUUAUGGCGAUUGAGAUGAUCGAGGGCGAACCUCCCUAUUUGACCGAAUCCCCGCUACGAGCCCUAUAUUUGAUUGCCACGAAUGGCACCCCCAAAAUCAAAGAGGAACACAAUCUCUCCGCCGAAUUCCGAGACUUUUUGCACUUUGCGCUUCGUGUUGAUCCCGAAAAGAGAGCGUCUGCCCAUGACUUGCUCAAGCAUACUUUCAUGUUGUCGUCCAAGGCGACGGACGAGAACUUGACUUCGGAGAACUGGGAAUUCAUUCUGGAUGUUUGCGACAAGGUCAACACUGAAGAUUCAGGUGCCAAAGAUGCUGUUGCGGCCUUGAUCAAGCGACUCGCGCAUCGCAAUGCAAAUGUGCAACUAUAUACACUCGAGCUCGGAAACGCCCUUGCACAAAACUGUGGACCCAAAAUACACCGCGAACUGGCUUCCCGGAGCUUCACAGAGGCAUUGCUGCGCCUUGCCAACGACCGAAACACACACCAGCAAGUCAAGUCCAAAAUACUCGAGCGUAUGGAGGAGUGGACCGAGAUGUUCUCUAGCAGCCCGGAUUUUGGCAUCAUGGAGCAGGCCUAUAUGAAACUGAAAACCACAAACCCCAAUUUACAAGCCCCGUCAAAGCCGACAAAGCGUCAAAUCACGGAAAUCGACCGGCAAAAGGAGGAAGAGGAACUUCAGAUGGCUCUAGCUCUAUCGAUCAAAGAGAAGGAACCAGUCGACUCUAGAGCUCCAGUGGCUUUGAGUAGCACGUCAGCAGCGACUUCCAGCCAAGCCCAACCUGCGGCCGAAGCAGGACAGCCGAUUCCGUCCGGCACAACGGCAGCAACUGUUUCCCGAGUGCGAGCGCUAUUUGAUUUUCAACCAUCCGAACCGGGCGAGUUGCAGUUCCGAAAGGGGGAUGUCAUUGCCGUGUUGGAAUCAGUGUAUAAAGACUGGUGGAAGGGCUCUCUGCGCGGACAGACCGGAAUCUUUCCCUUGAACUACGUCGAGAAACUGCCCGAUCCAACUGUGGAAGACUUACAGCGUGAAGCGCAAAUGGAAGGGGAGGUUUUUGGGCAGAUUAAAAACGUUGAGAAGCUGUUGACGCUUCUCAGCACGAGCAGCUCCGAGUUGAACGUUCAGGAUAACGAAGAAAUCACGACCCUUUACCACUCGACGUUGUCUAUCCGGCCAAAGCUUAUUGAACUCAUUGGCAAAUAUUCUCAGAAGAAGGAUGAAUUCACGCAGCUCAAUGAAAAGUUCAUCAAGGCACGGAGAGACUACGAGUCUCUUCUGGAGGCUUCAAUGUCUCACCCAGCACAACCUCAGUACGGCAGACCACCAGCUCAGCAGAACUACCCUUAUCCUCCGGGCGCAGCACCGCAAGGGUUUCCUCCAGGUCACGCAGUUCCUGCGCAGGCUGAUCCUCAACAGUAUUAUAACGCGCGGCCGCAAGAAUCCCAACCCGCUCAACUCAAUGGGCCAGGUUAUUUUGCCGGAGACCCUGCGCAGGGUUUCCCCCAAACCUCGCAAUCUCCUGAUCCACGCAACCAGACUCCAGCAGGAAACCAGCCGUUCCAACAGCAGCAACAGCAGCAACCGCCGCCGCAGCCACAGCCAUCGGAGCCAUUUCAGCCUGUCCAUCACCGGCCUCAGUCCACUUAUGACCACCCUCAGGAACUAGGAACUUCUGUCUACGAUUCUCCUCUAGAGGGACGCUACACAUAUGCCCCGCCUGGUGCACCUCCACCCCAGCAAGCCCCUCCCCAGGGCCAUGUGCCGUCAUUCCAACAACAGCAGCAAGCCAGCGAACAGUCACCUUCAGUGUACUCACCAGAUGAGCAACGUCCAUCGGGUAGCAACAACAUGCAGUUCCCGCCGCCACAAACCCAGCAACAAGCGAUGCAUCCACCAUACCCGACUUCUGCCACAACACAACAACCGCCCCCUUCCCAACAGCCACCACCCAUCCCAACGAGCAGCCCCCAGCCAACCCCAUACCCUGCUUUGAACGUGGGCCAGUCGAAUCCGGCGUAUAAUGCUUACCAACCGCCACAACCAAACUCGGUGAAUUCAAACCCUGCAUCGUUUUAUCGGUAA